AUGUCAAUGGACGAUUUUAGAUUUUUGAAUGUAUUGGGUAACGGCAGUUAUGGAAAGGUAAUAGUUAUUAUUAGAAAUAAUUAGAGUAUAAAUAAGUUAUUUGUGUUUCAUUUGCUUUCCAUUCAUAUUAGGUAAUAUUGUGUCAACAUAGAAUAUCAAGUGAGUAUUUUGCCAUAGAAAUAUUAAAAAAUAUAAGAUAAUUUCUGAAAAUGUAAUGGAGUCAUUAAACACUAUCAUAUUAUGGGUGUCAUGUCCGAUACCAAUUUCUAGUGAACUUAUUCGCCUGCUUUCAAUCAGACGUAAGUGUACUAAAAAUUAGUUAUUUAUUUGUAAUUUAAAAUUGUUUGGUUUAUUGUUUACAGGCUCGUGUUUGUUGUGCAAUGAAAUAUGUUGUUGGUGAUGAUUUAAAUACGCAUAUAAAUAACGGGACGUUUACGGAACCAAGAUUUCUAUGUGGUUUGUGUUGUUUUAGGACUACAGUAUUUAUUUGAAAACAGUAUCAUUUAUAGGUUCGUACAAUGUCAAAUAUUAUUUUCGUGUAUGACGUUGUCAGUGGCGUGUCCAGGAAUUACCAAUGGGAGGGGAUGUGGCAAAUAAUAACCGUGAAUCGUAAAAUCCACUUCUAUCUACUCAACUCGACUAUGAUAAUUGGUAAUUUAAAAGCCGGAUUCUAAAAAGGUGUGAGAUUUGGCGAUCAGACUAGAAACUCCCGAAUUUAUGGCGCCUGAAGUUAUUACCGAAACUUCGUAUACGCGGAGUGUAGAUUGGUGGCCCUUAUAGGAGUACUGAUAUUUGAAAUGCUUGUCGAAGAGGUAAAUAUAUUUUGGAUAUUAAUGUCUAAAAUUACAUCGUAACUAAUAUACAUGUUUAUCUUAUAUUGUGUCCCUUUACAGACGACGAGGACCGAAAAGUGUUAGACUACAUAGUGAACGAUCCAGCUCGAUAUCCUAGUUUUUUAUCGUUAGAAGCGACUGCAAUCAUGAGAAAAGUAUGUUAUUUUUAAUUUCUAUUAGAGUAAACUAUAUACUUACAAAAAAAUGUUUUAUUAUUUUUGUGGACAUAGCUUUUAUGCAAAAAUCCAGAACACAAAUUAGGUUCGAGUUAAAUAGACGCAGAAUAUGUGAAAAUAUUGUAUUUGCAUUUUUCGGACAAGUUGUUUGGGAUGAUUUGUUCAGAGAAAGGUUCAAACUCUGUUUUUAUCAACUAUUUGUAAGCAUCUUAAAUAUAUCUGUUUUGAAACCUAACAUUAGUUUUGCAUAAUAAAUUAUACGGAUAUGAAAAAAAUAAAAAAAAUUAAAGUAAAAAAUUAGAAUUUGCCAGAAGAUGUGAGUAACUUUAAUGAAGAAUGUACUUCUGAGACACCACAGUUGACACUACCUAAAGAUCAAAGAUUUUAAAACGACGAAAAACAACAGUAAUUUAAAAGACUUUACGUAUACAGCAGACUGGUUUUAACAAAAUAAUUUAAAUAAAGAGGAAAAGUUCCUUUUUUAUUUAUAGUCAUGUAGGUAUGUUAAUAGUCAAUCAAAUUAUAAUAGUCCGGUCCAAUAUAAAACAAAAUAAUUGAAUACAUUCUAAUUUUUUGUGAUAUUUUUACAGACAUUUUCCAAAUAUAUUUGUGAUUCAUUUUUGAUGUCAGAAAAAAUCACACCAUGCUGCUGCUCAGAUUAGAUACAUUUCUUAAACAAUUAUUACCAAGCAAUUUUUGAAAUAGAAAUAUAAUCAUAUCAUUGAUGUACUGGAGAAUUUGAACAAAAACACGACUAGAUCCAUCACUUAUUUAGAACAUAAUAUAUGUAUAAUUCUAAAAUAUUUCUUCAAAUUUGUUUUUUGUUUUUGAUAUAUAUUAUACAUUUUUUUAUAUGUGAAAUAUUCAUUUAAAUUGUGUACAACCGUAUUAGUAAAUAGUGUAGUUGAAACUGGGGACGGGUGCGGCCACUGUUGUAGAUGGGUAGUUGGAAAAGUGAUAAAGUAGUUAAUAUUAUAUCUGUAAUAGUAACGAAAAACAUUGCAGAGUAAAGUUCGGUUACACGUGUUUUAUAUUUUGAUAUUUAUUAAAAGUCAUAGUUAUUUAUUCAAUUUUUAUUUAGUUGUUAUUUAUUGAAUUUAUUUGAUUUGUAUCAUUAUAUUUCAAAAAAUACUUAAUUAUUUUGAACGGUAAUGGUACCUUCGUUGAAUUUGUCAAGGGCGACUCUUUUUAAGCACGGCCAGAGAUAGGGGAAUUGAAUCCCCCGCGUGAACUCACGUCAUCACACAAUAUUACAGUAUACGUAAGGUAUCCGUUUAGUGGCAUUUUAGUGCGAAUCGUCGAGAAUCAACUCGGGAAUAUUUUCUCUGCGCGCGAACGAGUAGUCGGGUUACGCGUGACGGGUCGCACCUGAUACAUUAUCGUUUAUAUGGGAAUCCUGUGAUACCGCGGCGUGUUGUGAAAAUAAACUUUAUACUGUAUUUUGUAUCGUUACAAACACACAUAAUUAAUAGCAAAAUGUGUACCCGUGUAUAAAUUGUAUACAAUAUAAUAUCACGCACGUAACGGUUAAAAUCAGAUACUCAUUUUAUUGACCAUAUUAUAAUAUCGAACGGGGUAAUUUAUUAAAAGUAACAAAAAAAAAAAAAAAAAAACUAACUGAAACAGGACCUCCGGCGAGACACACACGAGCGUUUAAUAAAUACCUACUGUACUCGCCUACCUACCUACCUGCUUACUAACCUACCGACAUUAUCGUAAUAUCGUUUGUGCCGUAUUAUAAACGACCCGUUUCCGGCAAGCACGUAAUAUUAUUAUCCAUAACGCAAAGGAAAAUAUUGUUUAUUACUGCACUGAACCCGCCAACUUCUCGCUGGGUAACGUUUUUUUUUUUUUUUUUUGUUAAAUAUAAUAUAAUACUGCUUAUGUGUUAUUACGCAAUAAUUACUAAACACGAUAUUAUUCAUAUUUGCAUAUAAAUAUUAAUAAACACGAGUGUAUUAUGCGGAUCGGUACAUAUACACACGCGAUUAAAAGCGGAUACUUGUAAAAAAUCGGACAUGCGUGUAUGCACAUUUGAAGUAGAUUCACAUCGCAAUGUCAUGUUAUACCCGACGGUGCAUUUCUAUUAAACGAAUUGAAAUGGCCGAUCAUCAUCAAUAACUAUACAUUUAUUAUAACAUAAUACACGUCUGAACUCGACUAUUUAUGUUCAUUAAUCGAUUUUGAAUGACACGCAUAGGUAUUAUUAGCAUAAUAAUAUCAAGUAAACAAACGUACUAAGAGUUAGUGCGGUUUCUUUUUUUUUUUUUUACAAACCGCUGACAUUGUUACAUUUAAAUUAACAAACUAAUAGCUUAUACAUUUAAUAAUUUAUCUUUUUUUUUUAUUUUAAGUGAACUGCGCAUGAGACGGGUUCAUUUUUGCUUCACAAAAAAAGCUUUACACGGAAACACUCUCGUGCCUCGUUAAGUGAUCCGAUUUAGGUCCCCUCCCCCUCCCUUUUGAAAUAGGAAAAUUUCCUGUGUGGUGUUUGAAUUUUUGAUUAUGUAACCAUAAUUAAUGAUAAAAAAAAUGUAGAAAAAUAUAUUGUACCGUGGGUGGACCACAGUUGUAGUCGAAAAAUUGGGAAGGUAGGAUAAAGAGGGAAUUUAAUGUAUAUCUAUAAACAAAAAUUAACAAUAAUAAAAAUACAAAUUACGUAAAAAACUUAAAACAUUAAAAUGUCUAUAAAUAGCUCAAAAAGUGAUAAAAAAUUUUGAAAACUAUACCAUGUUUAGAAAAGAAAAAUUUAAAUUGUUUGUAUAAAUGUUCAGUCUUUUGAAGAAUAUUUUGAACGGAAUUACAAUAAAAACCAAAAAAAAAAAAAGCUAUAUUUUCGUAAAUUGUUCCGUUUUUCUUACGUUUCAUCCCUGAUCUACAAAAACCACUUGAAAAAUCAAAAAAUGACCUCCUUAAAUAAUAACUUACUAGCACGUUUGUUCUGAUUUAUGAUGAUAGUACUUUUUUUAAAAGAAAUUCUGACUGGGGAGAUAUUUUAAUGAGGUAAUGUUUUGAUUUUCCGUGGAAUUUACUUAUUAAAUGUGAAAAUCUGUUUGAAAUGAAAUCGUUUUUAAAUUUAUUAAAAUGGUUUCACCGAAUUCCUCUUGCACCCGUUUGUACAGUAUGUGUCGGAUGUUAUCACUGAUUAAUUCUUCUAUUCGAAUCACUCUUUACCUAUUUUUUUUUCUUCUGUACCAACUUGUAGUGCAUUGUUAUGUACAUAUUGUAUAUAUUUUGUUUAAUAAAACAUUAAAAAAGCUCUCCUAGGAUAACGGAAACGGGUGCAGCCACUGUUAUAGGUAAUUAGUGUAUAUAUUCUGUAGUAAGCACCGAUUAACCAUUGCUAACGAAAAACGAAUCUGAGCGGAGUUCGGUUGAUAGUGUGGAUUUAUCAAGAAUAUAUAUGUCUGUAUAGUAUGGUAAAUAAUUACAUAUGCAUUAUACAUUUUCUUUAAUAAUAUUUGUUUAAGAUUCUACCUAUUUUCCCGUUUUUUCUACAUUUUUCCCAUUUAAUAUUUUAUUUAUUCUGGGGAAAUUAAAAAAAAUAACCUCCUUAAAGUACCUUCCCGUUCCGAUUUCCUUUCAGAAAAGGUGCUGUCGUUGAAAAUUGGACUAAAAUUGCUGAUAGAAAAUUGUUUAUAGAAAAAAAAAAAAAAAUCAAUAUCAUUAUAUUCCUUGCACCGCUCAGAAUCUAAAAUGCAUUAUAUGUCCAACGUACAAGGAUAUAAAAACGGUUUAGCGAACCUUUUUAAAGCGAUUUAAUAUAUAUUUUUGUUACCUUGUUAAAAUUGUAUCAAAUAUACUUUACUAUUUAACUUUAAUGCGAUUAUUUGUGGAAUACAAAAAAGAAAUCUAGGCUUAACUAUACUGAAAAUGAGAGCGGGCAGAUAAUAAUAAUUGGCCAUGCAAGGCACAAAUAAAAACUGAUAAAGUGAUAAUGUUUCCAAAACACGUUUAUAAUAUGUUCAUUUAAUAAACCGUUUUAAACACUUGAACUUAUUUUAAACUGUACAGCACCAGUGUUUUAAUUUUGAAACCAGUUUUAUGUUUUUAAACCGUUUUAAAGUGAUUGCCUGACAAGAAUAAGCUUUGGUUUCAAAAUGAUUUUAUCUCAAACCGUUUUGUCGCCAUCGUAUAAAUGUCGUAAGAGAAAUAUAUUGUCAUGUUAAUUAUAUUAAAUGGAGAUCACUGUGUUUUUUCCCCUCAUAGAUAGGCAACACAAGAUCAUUUAAAUCUACUAUAAAUAAACUGUAACAAAACAAAUAAAUAAAAUACACUUACAUGCAUUAUUAUAGAAAUAGUCUGAAAAAAAGAGAUUCUGACCGGAUCGAUAUUAGUCGUGUUUUUUCGGUUGUUGCCAAAGUAAGCCAAAAAUCAUCGAAAAACCAAAGACCAAUAAGGGAGUAAACUGCUGAAAAUAUUGACGAAUGUUUUGAAUUAAUUUUUUUUUAAAUUAAUUAAUUAAGUGUCACCGGGCCGCUAAAUUCCGCAUCGUUUGAGAUACUGCAUGAUAAAAUCGGAGCAUUGCCAAAAUAAUAAAAUCGUUAACAAUUAAAAUAAAAAAACAAAAAAACAUAAAACUAAAUUUUUGGAAAAAGUAAUGUAAAAAAAAAAAAAAAAAUAUUUAUAUUUGACUAUAAAAGUAUAUUCCGAGAAAAAUUUACUUAGUUUUCUAAAACUAAUAGCUCUUCUUCGUUAUACACCGGGUAAUUCAUUUAAGUGGGUACACUCAUUUACUCGGAAAGAGAGUAAAACAAUUAUCUAAUUUUGAUUUUCAAAUGGCAACCCAUACUAAAACGUCCAUAAAUAGAUUUAAUAUUAGUUAAAAUAAAUUUUAGUGUUGAAAUUUUUGAUUUCCGUCAUGUCAUUGACGAGGUAUUCCAUUUUUAAUUUCAGGUUGGAGGAGAACAGCGGUGUAUUGUUAACACGCCGUGCGCAGUACCGCCACACACUAAUGAUACUCCACUACUUUCCCCCGACCGAAAUUUAAAAGUGGAAAAUCUCGUCAACGGAUUGACGGUAAUCAAAAAUGUCCACACAAAAAUUUAUUUUAGCUAA